AUGAUCGCAACCUCGCCCCCAACAGAUCCCCUUGCCAUCUUACCCCCGGAAAUUGUGCUGCAAAUCUUGGACUUCGCUCCUAUCUCCGCUCUUGCGUCCUUGACAGCCGUUUCCCGCGCAUGGCACCAACUUAUCGACGUCACCCACCAAGAAGCCAUCUACUCCUCCGAAACCAAAACCACGAAACAGUCCGGAGGUGGACGUGAUCUCUCAGCUAUACCAGAACCUUCAAGCUUCUGCAGACUUUUUGAAGGCACCACAUCAUGGAAGGACCUUUGCAAGCGACAAACGCUACUCGCCAGCAAUUGGGCUAACCAGCGUCCAGUCACUCGGGAGUCGGUGUUGCAGGUCGGCAAUGAUCCCGUUUGGAGAUUUCGUGCCGAUUUUCAACGCCGAUUUUUCGUCUCCACCUCACACGCCGGUGGCUUGAAUGUCACCGAUAUGGAUACCGGCCGGAUUUUAUGGCGACUGCCCUCUACACUGGUUCGGGAUGAAUUUGCGGUACGCCCUUACGCCCAUCUGGAAUACCAAGAUGGAUUGGCUGUAUUUGACCGCGAAGGAGACGCUGUAGAAGUCUGGCAGGCCGGUUUGGAAGGUGCAGCUCGUGGAGAGUUUCGACGCGUUGCAAUCUUGAACCACGACUGUCAAACACGAGGAUUCCAACUCUCUUACUCGACCCUGUGUGUUGUCUCGAAUCAAGGGCACGGGUUCGUAUAUGAUAUGACCGAGCGUCCACCCAGGUUGAUUACGCAGAUCGACAUUGAUCAUGGCGCCGUUGGUCAUUUAGAUCAAUGCGAGGAUGCUGUAAUCUAUUCUCUCGGCGCCCAGGGCUAUCAUGUCCAUGACAAGAAGUCAGGUAAACUUCUUGGCGUCCUACAGCCGUCCCAUGUUUCCGAAAAAUACCACAUUCGGCCACCUGCCAUCCCAUCUCUUUCUGCGAGUUCGACCUUGGCAGGGGCUGCACGGAACGGGCUGGCAUCGCAAUACCUCCCGUCCGAAGCCCCCCGCAAAGACUGUUUAAAACCCAUAGCGCUCGUGAAAGGUCCAUUGCCACCACCGAGCGAACCUGAUCAUGUCUAUCACCGAGAAGAUGAGUGGGGGGCUGGCAUGCUUAACGGUGAUCUUUUUGUUGGUUUCUCCCGUGCGGGUCGGGUGUUUUUGUGCUCAAGCUGGCGAAAGGCUCUUCAGGACCAAGCUAGCUUCGCCAAAAAUAGCUCUAUUAUUGAAUGUGAAUCGGAUGGAACAAGCUUUGACCUGGGCGGCUGGCUAUCUGUGCGCAACCACCGUGUGAUGUUUGAAAUACAGGACCACAUUUAUGUCAUCGCACUUGAUGAGCAUGACAAAAUUCAAAAAACCAAUCGACCUGCUCGUGCAUCGUACUCACUUGUCACAAGCUCUGCUCCGCAGCUAGCCGUGCCUGUCAGCUUUAUGGCCCUCUACGACGAUGCGAUCAUGACCACGUACACUACCCUCGGCUGGCGCCAAUCUCUCUCGAACAUUCCGGGCGGCGCUCCCCCUCCGCAACGCCAAAAUGUCGCUCGCAUUUUCCCAACCAAGACCAUUCGCAUUGUCAGUUUGGCUCCUGACCUCUCCAAAUGCAAAUUUACCACCAGUUCUGAAAGUGAAGAUCCCGAAGAAUCGAAUCUUGAAUCCCCCAAUCGGUCGGACCCGGCAGUUGAAGGGAUUUGGCGCUCGCAGGCCGGAUUGCUACAGUUGUUCAGUAUGCUUGGUGACGAGUUUGGAGAGCAGGAUGACGAUGAUGAUCAUGAACUGGGUAACUUUGCCGCAGACUUGCACGACGAUGAUAUAGACGAGGAGUGGGAGGAUUUGGAUGAGAACGAGGACACUGCAUGA